UCAUAAAAAAGCCCACAAACUAAGCUUAGUGCCGAAACAGUCAAAACACCAAGCAAAUGUUGAAAACGAACCAAAAACCCCAUUAGAACCUCAAUCCUCUAUCACCCAUGGCUUCCUUCGCUGCGGCAAGGUCAUUCCUCCGCUCCUCAACCACCGCUAGAUCCGCCGUCCCACGUUUCUCCGCCGCUUCCAAACCAAAAUCCAACCCCUUUUCACCCUCCUCCUUCAAUAUUCCGAAGCAAAAUACUCUGUCUGCCCCUCGCAUUUUCAGAUCUCCGGUUGAAUUGAGUUGCUGUGUUGAAUCAUUGAUGCCGUAUCACACGGCCACCGCCUCUGCGUUGCUUACCUCCAUGCUCUCCGUCGCGCCGUGCCGCUCCGGUUGGUUUCCUGAAGAUUCCUAAGCCAUGGGAAAGAGCUGCCCAUGUGAGUGAGGACUAGAGGAAGUCUCGGAGAAUUUUGAUGAUUGCUUGGUUUAUUUGUUGAACAGAUAGUUGAACAAACGAUACACCUUUGUUGUGAAUUCAAGGACCGGAGGACCAUUCGGUACAAUGAGGCACUAGGCAGAGGAGGUUCAUGGGGCUAACAAUGGGAUUGAUAUUGUUGUUAGGUUGUUGCAACCUCCUAAUUCCUAAAGGAACUAUAUUCUUUGGCUUUAUCAACUUUUGAAUGUUGUGUAAACUUCUAUAUAUUUGUCUUUUCCUUAUGAAUUAGCAGCUUGCUUUGAUCUUGUAAGUUGUACGGAGUAACUUAUUUUGGAAUUCGAUAAUUUUCUCGGUUUCAUUUUUAUUGUAAAUGCAAUGGUGUUGAAAUUUAGUUGAGA